AAACCCCAAUCUCUAAAACCGCGACUUGCAAAUAAUUAUUCUCGAACAAACCGUACAUCGCAUACACUCAACAGACAGACGGUCAAACCCAGGUCUGGAUCCGAAUAUCGCUUACCUUGAAUCUCCCACGACCUUUCACCUCUAUGGUCAUAAGUUACAUGAGACGUUGUACCUAAUCUUCUGCAUCAUUCAACAUGAGCAUUGCUUGGGAGUGCCGUGAUCAGGCUGACCAGGCCGAGAUCUACUAUAAUCAACCUCUCCGCACCAAGGUUAGACGCCUCGAGGAUGAAAAUCUUACCUUGAAGCGAUUACUCCGCGAGAAUGGCAUUUCGUGGCAGACUCGAUCCAAACCUGCUCGGAUAUCGUCUGCUGGCCGCAUCACCCGUUCUUCCAGCAGGGCACCUCUGCCGCAUAUUCCCGUAGAGAUUCAGCUUCGGAUCUUGUCGUUCGCCCUCACGAGCUCGCAUCCCAUCAUCGAUCCAUUAUGCAAACUCAAGCAAGAACAUCUUCUAAUUAAAGAGAGGCACAAGUCUCACCAGCUCGCAAUCCACUUUUUGGCGACUUGCAGAGCAUACUACGCUGAGGGCACUAAAUUCCUGUGGAAUAAUAAUUCCUUUGUCUUCACCAAUCCGGAAACCCUUAGGAACUUUGCCGACGUACCUUUGCACUUCCGCCAGAACAUCAAGGAAGUCAAUCUACGCAUAACUGCAAAAUUCUAUGAUGACGAGGAGCGAACGCACAAAAUUGGUCGCCAUCACCACCCUGAUCUCAAGAAGAACAUCCCUUUGAACGUUCACAGGCGCCCAAAGGAGAACACUCUGGCCCGCCGAGGUUUCCGUACCUAUGGUUGGUACCAGCUUGUAGACUUCCUGAAUGCCAUGCUGCCUCCAUUCGACCCGUCUCGAGUUUCGCAUUCUAACGGGCCGGCUAUGACGCCUAUGACUCCUUUGCCGAGGUUACUCCCAUCUCUCGAAAAGAUUCGUAUGGAUUUCGUCAAUUUUGGUGAGGAUCUAUUCAACAAUCCGCCACCCCAAUUACACGAGCUUGCUUCUCACCAGCUUGGGUGCAUCCUGAACGAACUCGUUCUUACUGGAUUGCCGAGCGACGAGACAGGCCACCGGGUUAGCAACGAGUUAGCUGGCCUUCUAAAGGAUGAAGGUCUUCUCAUUGACCAUGCCCCCACUAUGGUGGCUUUGAAAAAUUCCAUGCGCGCUCUCCAUUGCGACGCGAGCGAGUGCCAUUACUCUUCCAAGGUCGUGAGAGCAAUGCGAGCAAUUUACGGCGGCCACCACCACGAUCACACAGACACUCAUGCGCAUAUCUUUGGAAUCGACUUCCCUCCUGCACCCGCGGACGAGGGCGAGCCUCCUUACUCAUAUUUUCAUUCCUGCCGUACCAUAUGGAAGAAAGUACCGGUUAGACUCGACGGAACUGAGGAACGCAAGUGGCUACUCUUUGACAGGAUGAGCGGACUACCAUGGGAUGAGGUUGAGGAGGAAGCGACAAUGUUUGACAUCUUCCCAACUUCAGACGAUGAUGAUGAUGUCUCCGAGGAGUCAGAAAGAGAAAUGGUAUGUGAUAAUUGCGGCAAGAUACAUCCAGGAGCGAUCCCUCCGGCGGAAAUGAUGGAGUGGUACGAGGAUCUUUGAACGGACAACAUUGAAGACAGUUCGGCUUUUUCUACGACGAUUACGAAGAUAUGCAUAUGAUACCAGGUUUGCUUUGCUUUUGGCAUUGGGAACGGCAGGAGCUCUGAAAAUGGAGGGAGGCAGGCAUGUGAAAAUUACAUAGAGGAGAAUCUCGACUUCGGUGUGUGUGAUAGGCGGCUGGACCUUGCUAUGUAAUAAUGUAUGGACUAGUUAAAUGUCUCGAGCUUACGAAGUGUAGCUAUUACUUGCUUGUCGGAAAUAGAUUGAUAUGUAUGAUUUUGUCGGUCAUUGAAGGUAUUUUAGUUUAUCCAUGCCUAUGUGUUUACGGCUUUCGUGAUGUGACAUAGUAACAU